AUGCUGGAGGGAAGACUAUUCGAGGUACGAACAGACCACAAACCGUUAGUCUACGCUUUCGCACAAAAACACGACAAAGCAUCACCGCGAAAGCUGCGUCAUCUAGACUUCAUCAGUCAUUUUACGACGAACAUCAUACACGUCGCAGGCGCCGAGAACACGACAGCAGACACACUAUCGCGCAUCGAAGCGGUUGAAUCAAUAACCAUCGACUACCACCGGAUUUCCGAAGAUCAAGUUAGUUGCCCAGAACUGAAGAAAGAUUGUGCAUUCCAAACACAAGGCACACAAUCUACUGCGAUACAUCUACAUCGGAAGAACGCCCAUUCGUACCAAGCCCGCAUCGCAAAGAUAUCAUCGACAAAAUGCAUAGCAUCUCACACUGAGGCGUGCGGGCAAUCACAAAGCUCAUCAAGGCACGCUUCGUUUGGCCAAAUAUGGGCAAGGAUAUUGCCAAAGAAGUGCAACGAUGUCUCAGCUGCCAAAGAUCUAAGAUUUGAACACAUCAAUAUCGAUCUCAUCGGACCACUUCCACCAUCGAGUGAAUUCCAGUACUGCCUCACGAUUAUCGACAGGUAUACGCGAUGGCCAGAAGCCGUUCCUCUGAAAGACAUAACAGCGGAAACAGUCGCCAGAAAACUCCUCAAUGUUUGGUUUUCGCGCUUUGGUAUACCAGCACGCAUCACAACCGACCAAGGAAGACAGUUCGAGUCGCAGCUUUUUAACGAGUUGUCACGUAUGCUGGGUAUAACCACCCUGCGGACAACAGCAUAUCACCCGGAAGCAAAUGGCAUCAUCGAACGCUGGCAUCGCUUACUGAAAACAGCAAUAAUGUGUCACGAACGACAAGACUGGAUAAGCCGCUUGCCAAUAAUCUUGCUAGGACUGCGCACAGCAUUCAAGCCCGACAUCGGUACAACAGCCGCGCAACUUGUCUACGGUACCACAUUACGCAAACUUGCCGAUGCAACGCACAUAAUUGUACGCAACGACAAAGCUCGACCGGCGUACGAUCCACCUUACGAUGGCCCAUAUCCAGUGGUCUCCAGACAGCCUAAAUAUUACACCGUCAAAAUCAACCGCAACAACGUAAAUAUAUCCAUAGACCGACUUAAGCCAGCAUUCAUCGAAUCCCUCGAAGCAGAUACUCAACCAACGACAACCGCGACUCAACAACAUUCAGCCACGUCGCACACAACACCAUCUUCAAUAUCAUCGACACCCGAACAGUUGCCUCCGAAGGAGACAUCAACAAACCGCAUCGGACGCAUCUAUGAUUAA